UGGGUUGGCUGACUGAGAUGACCGUGGCCGCGACGAUGCCGACCCCGAUCCGACUGCGGGAGCUGAUCCGCACCAUCCGGACGGCGCGCACGCAGGCGGAGGAGCGUGCCAUCAUCCAGAAGGAGUGCGCCCUCAUCCGCUCGUCGUUCCGCGAGGAGGACAACACCUACCGCUGCCGCAACGUCGCCAAGCUGCUGUACAUGCACAUGCUGGGCUACCCAGCGCACUUUGGGCAGCUGGAGUGCCUGAAGCUGAUCGCGUCGCAGCGCUUCACGGACAAGCGCAUCGGAUACCUGGGCGCCAUGCUGCUGCUGGACGAGCGCCAGGACGUCCACCUGCUCAUGACCAACUCCAUCAAGAUGGACCUGAACCACAACACGCAGUACGUGCAGGGCCUGGCGCUGUGCACGUUGGGCUCCAUGGGCUCCGCUGAGAUGUGCCGCGACCUUGCCGGGGAGGUGGAGCGCCUCCUCAAGUCCUCCAACUCGUACAUCCGCAAGAAGGCAGCGCUGUGCGCUGUGCACAUCAUCCGCAAGGUGCCGGAGCUCAUGGAGAUGUUCCUGCCUGCGACGCGGAACUUGCUGAGUGAGAAAAACCACGGCGUCUUGCAUACAGCGGUCGUGCUGAUCACAGACAUGUGUGAGCGUAGUCCAGACACGCUCACUCACUUCCGCAAGCUGGUUCCACAAUUGGUGCGGAUCCUCAAGAACCUCAUCAUGUCCGGCUACUCGCCGGAGCACGACGUGUCUGGAAUCAGCGACCCCUUCCUGCAGGUGAGGAUUCUGAGGUUGCUGCGCAUCCUUGGCAAGAGCGACGAUGAAGCGAGCGAGGCCAUGAACGACAUCCUGGCUCAGGUGGCGACCAACACAGAGACGAGUAAGAAUGUGGGCAACGCCAUCUUGUACGAGACGGUGCUCACCAUCAUGGACAUCAAGUCGGAGAGCGGCCUGCGGGUGCUGGCCGUCAACAUCCUCGGCCGCUUCCUGCUGAACAACGACAAAAACAUCCGCUACGUGGCCCUGACGUCGCUGCUCAAGACGGUGCAGACCGACCACAACGCGGUGCAGAGGCACCGCAGCACCAUCGUGGACUGCCUCAAGGACCCCGACGUCUCCAUCAAGAGGCGAGCGAUGGAGCUGAGCUUUGCGCUCGUCAACGCGAGCAACGUGCGUGGCAUGAUGAAGGAGUUGCUCUUCUUCCUCGACAACUGCGAGUCCGACUUCAAGGCCGACUGUGCAUCGGGUAUCUUCCACUCGGCAGAGAAGUACGCGCCCACCAAACGAUGGCACAUCGACACAAUAAUGCGCGUGCUCACCACGGCCGGGAGCUACGUGCGUGACGACGCUGUCCCCAACCUCAUCCAGCUGAUCACCAACACCACGCAGCUGCACUCCUACACAGUGCAGCGCCUCUUCAAGGCCAUGCAGGAAGACAUCUCACAGCCCCCGCUGGUGCAGGUGGCUGCGUGGUGCGUGGGUGAGUACGGAGACCUGCUACUGUCGGGACACUGCGAGGAGGAGGAGCCUAUAGAGGUGUCGGAGGACGAGGUGCUGGACGUGCUGGAGGGGGUGCUGCAGUCCAACGUCUCCACAUCCAUCACCCGCGGCUACGCCCUCACCGCCACCAUGAAGCUGAGCACGCGGUUCUCCAGUACCAAUCGUAUCCGCAAGGUGGUGUCUAUCUACGGCAGCAGCAUCGACAUGGAGUUGCAACAGCGUGCAGUCGAGUACACCACGCUCUUCCACAAGUUCGACUACAUGCGGCCGGCACUGCUGGAGCGCAUGCCGGUGAUGGAGAGGGCCACGGCCAACGGGCCCACGGACGCCAACGGCGAGACCAAUGGCGACGCCGAACACGGCGAGCGCAAGAAAGCCGACCCGGCGGCGUCCGGCGUUCCACCCGCCUCCUCCUCCUCCUCCUCCUCGGAGGUGACGGAUCUGCUCGACCUAUUGGGGGGCAGCACCACGCCCGGCCCCCCACUCCCAAACUCCUCCCUCCCCUCGAAGCAGCCCCUCCCCUCGGUGGCGGCGGCAGGAGGCGGUGGUGGCGGUGGCGGUGACCUCCUCAACCUCCUCGGACUCGACAUCUCUGGCCCCCCCCCAGUGUCCACGCUGCAGGGACCCCCUCCUGCGUUUCUUCUCGACAGCCUGGGGCCCGUAGCCAGCGAGACGCCCUUCAACAACGCCCUGCAUGUAGUAGGAGGUGGUGGUGGUGUAGGCGUCGCCAUCCCCACGAUGGUGGCGUUUGAGAAGGGCGGCCUCCGUGUGGAGUUUGCGUUUGAGAGGGGGGCCCGGCGGGGGGGGGGGCUCACCACCAUCUCCCUGCGCGCCACCAACUCCAGCGACGCCGACAUGGGAGACUUUGUCUUCCAGGCAGCCGUGCCCAAGACGUUCCAGCUCCAGCUGCUGUCUCCCAGCAGCAGCUCGGUGCCAGCGCACGGAGCUGGCACCGUGACCCAGCUCAUGCGAGUCCUCAACCCCAACAAGCACCAGCUGCGUAUGCGUAUAAAGCUCUCCUACACGCACCGUGGUGCCAGCGUGACGGAGCAGGGGGAAGUCAACAACUUCCCUCCGCAGACCUACCAGUGACUCGCUACCACCACGGCAACAACAGCAGCAGCAGCAGCGGCAACAACAACAACAUCAACAACAACAUCGUCAACAACGUCAGCAACCACAACAGCAACAACGUCAACAACAGCAACAACGUCAACAACGUCAACAAC